UGCUCAUCAGUGCCACGUGACAGUGCCAAUCAGUGCCAUGUGCCAGUGCCCAUCAGUGCCACAUCAAUGCCACCCAUCAGUGCCAGUCAGUGCCACCUAUCAAUGCCAAUCAGUGCCACCUAUCAGUGCUGUCAAUCAGUGCCACCUAUCAGUGCCAGUCAGUGUCGCCUAUCAGUGCGCAUCAGUGCGCAUCAGUGCCGCCUAUCAGUGCCAGUCAGUGCCGCCUAUCAGUGCCAGUCAGUGCUGCCUAUCAGUGCCAUAUAUCAGUGUCAUGUAUCAGUGUCAUGUAUCAGUGCUGCCUUUCAGUGCCCAUCAGUGAUGCCUGUCAAUGCCCAUCAGUGCAACCUACCAGUGCCUCCUCAUCAGUGCCCAUCAGUGCCACCUAUCAGUGUCCAUCAGUGCAGCCUAUCA